AUGAACGCGUGUCUGCGUCCGUCCCUGCUUCUGGUGCUGCUGGUGUGGUUGAGCGUGACGGGACAUGGUGCUGCACGGCCACCGUGGCCUUCAGGUUCCGAAAGCGGCAACAACGACCGCUCUCAACGUCCCCAAGGUCUGAACCUUGCCUGUCAUGGAGGUCAUGGACGCGAUCAACGUGCCAGGCUACGCAAGGUCCUACUAGGCAAUGGCACGGCCGUCUGCAAUGAUGGGUCGCCCGCAGGGUACUACAUUCGGAAAAAACCAGGAAGUCGACGUUGGAUUCUUUUUCUCGAAGGAGGAUGGCACUGCUAUGACGAUAAAAGUUGCGCCGGACGGUGGAUGCGCACCAGCCAACUCAUGUCUUCUCUACAGUGGCCAGACAGUCGUCAAGUGAGUGGUAUACUCUCAGCAAACAGAGAAGAAAACCAGUAUUGGUGGAACGCAAACCAUGUGUUGGUGCCUUAUUGUUCGAGCGACGCGUGGAGCGGAGCGACGAAGGGAAAAACUGAAACUGGCUAUGCUUUCAUGGGAUCCCUGAUACUACAGUCCGUCAUCCAUGAUUUGCUUGACCAAGGACUUUAUGAGGGCAAGCUGCUGCUACUUGCCGGAAGCAGUGCAGGGGGUGCGGGUGUUUUGUUGAAUGUGGACAGGAUCGCCGAUUUGCUGGCCUCUCUUCGCUCAAAAGUCAAAGUGCGUGGCCUGGUGGAUUCGGGUUGGUUCCUUGAUAACGAGCCCUUCGAAGCAAGGGAAUGCCUGGAACCUUACUCAUGCGCACCGGUGGAAACUAUCAAGCGUGGCAUCCGGCUGUGGAACGGUCAAGUUCCAGACCGCUGCAAGCCACUAUACCCUGACUAUGAACAAUGGAGAUGCUAUUUUGGCUACAGAAUAUACCCGACUUUGAAAGCACCAACAUUUGUAUUUCAGUGGGUGUUCGACGAAGCGCAGAUGGUUGUCAACAAUGUCGCGGCCCCUUCAAGCAAGGCCCAUUGGGACUACAUUCACGCCCUGGGCAGCAAGCUUCGAAGUACACUCAUGAAUGUCACGGCUCUUUUUGCACCGUCUUGCAUUUCCCAUGAAAUUCUCACAAAAAGGAACUGGCAGGCGAUAGAAAUCUGCGGAAUUUCUUUGCCUCAGGCCCUACGCUGCUGGGAACUCCAGAAACACGAACAUAAUCACCACGAGCACCACUCAAACCAUGACCUCUUCGACCAACUCCCGGCUAAGAAAAAUGAGACGAGCUUCCCACACAAAAUGUUUGUGGAUGUAUCAGCAACAGUGAUGACAAAUGGCCAUGCACAGAAAAUCAAGACAAGACGCCGAAAGAUGAAGAGAAGACGGAAAAAUUGCAGGCACAACAGAAAGAGCUUGCGGAAAGCAAAGAAAGAAGAAUAUUCAGUAACAUUGACACCUCUGAGGCCCGAGGAGCCAAGACGACACUCCCGUGAGCGCCCUGGCAGUCGUCAUGCUCAACACCGAUGGCGGCUGCAUGAGGACCUCUGUCAACAUUGGCUUAUGGACAGCUGCGCGUGGCCGCAGUGCAAUAGGCGCUGCCCACGAAUGCUGGACCCGAUGACUGGCCGUGAGCUUCGGUUCUCUGAUUUGCUGCGCUCCUUUGGUCUUGACGUCGCUGCUGUUGCAGCAGCACUAGGACUGGACCAGGCGGCACUUGCAGCUAUGGAGCCGGAUGCUCUUCUGCAUGCCGACUAA